GAUCGAUCGGCACAUUGACUGAACGGUGUUUCCCAAACCAAAACUUUUAAAAGCAGAAACCCAACAAAAAAAGACAUUCGAGCAUGGAGCGAAAGGUCAGCCAGUUCUCCAGAGGUCAGGAAAGCUAUGGUGAGCCACCCAAGCUGGGAUUGCUGGCCCGCCUAGACCGCCUGCUCCGCCGCUGGCUGCCCGGGUACAGUUACAUUCGCGGAAAACGCCGCUCGCCGUCGGGCACCUCCGUGGAGAUCAGGGCUCCCUUUCGCGGCCAGCGUGGCAGGGAGGCCCGGGAGGAGGUCUACCUGGACACGGGCAUUGCCAAGUCGGAGUUCUGCGUCCAGCUGGAGGCCUUGUUGCGCAAAAAGCACAUCAAGAGGCAGCAGGAACUGGCUUUGGAACAGCGCAAGAGGAACCACGUGAAGAAGCGGGAGCUCGACGAUCCCCUCCAGGGAUAAAUGGCGUUCUUGAGUUAAUUAUUUAUUUCUAUAUGUGUAUAUAUAUUUUUCAUACCAUCAAUCAUCAAUGGACGAGCCUCAUUAAAAUUAAUUGGAAAUUAUGACC